UUAGACCACCAUUUGUGAGUCGCACAUGAAAUGUUUUAUUCCGUUAUAAAAUUUAUUUUUCAGAGAUAUAAAAACAAAAGUUCUCACUAACUCACCUACAACAUUCGCUCCCAGCAU